ACAAUCUGAGAGGUUGAGCUCCGGGAGUGAGGGUGACAUAGGGAGAAGGUGAACUCAGUAGUGCACAUACAAAGCCAGAGACAAAAGUGGGAUCAAAGAAAGAGACAAACACACACAUGGGUGCACGCUGACUAACAGUAUCACUCAUUGAAUGGCACCUGUGUAUGUAUGUGUGUGUGUGUGCAUGUGUGUGUGUGUGUUUACCAGAGCUGGGGAGGUCACGGCUGGUCACAGUCAGGAGUCUCUCAUAUGGACUGGAUCAGCCACUGCACAGGUCAGAGGUCACAGGGUCAGGGGUUGAGCUCUCUAAGCCAAUCGCGGGUCAGCUUGGAGCUGCAGGGCUUUGAGGGCUGCUUAGACGGAGAUAAGUGGAGCAAACAGAAAACCUUCAGCCUGCUUUACAACCCAGUUUGAGCAAUCUCACCUCUCAUGACAUGGUGCCACAGCUGUCGUUAGUUGGUCACUCUUUUAGCAAUUCAUCAGUUAAUUAGUUGGCCUGGUAUUUCAGAUCUUAAUGGUAUUAAUUACCCAAAAAUACAUGACCACAGGUCCAGGACAAGGGGACAUUAUUGUAACUCUAGCUGUGACUUUCACAUGCUUGUAGUUAUGGUUUGGUGUUGAGCGGAGUAGCCGUUGAUCCUCUUAUCUCAAAAAACAAGAAUAAUUCUUGUUAUAAAGGGCAAAUAUGGUUGUGAUUUUAGAGGAAUCAAAGGCGUUUCAUUAAACUACGAGCCAAAUUAUUACUCAUUUGCUCUGAAUUAUAACAGAGAAACUGACAGUUGAGUCACAAAUUUUCCCAUUUGUGAUGUUAAAGGGCUGGUAUUUACAAAUAUGACCCCUAAAUACAUACAACACAAACACACAGUGAUUUAAUAGUUAUUGUAAAUUUAUCAUUCAUAGUAUUAUUGUCAUUAACUUUAUCUUCUGACUCAAUUAAACUCUUCUAUACUUUCUACUUUGAACUCAGACUCUAUGAGGUGUGUGAAUCUCUUUAUAAAGAAAACCAAGGCCUGUGUGUGUGUGUGCACAACAGCAUGUAAAUAGUGUGUGACAUGCACUGCUACUUGGUUGGAAUGGCCCUCGCUCUUAUGUGAUUAAUUUUAAAAAGUAUAGUAUGUGAUACAUUUGACUGUUGAAUAGACUUUCUUAUGGCAGAAUAUCAAGUAUUAUUUCCACAUUUCUGCCUGUACUGGCUAUUUGCUUUCUGUUUGUGCAUAACUGAUCUUUUGUUCCUCAUAUUUUGCAUCACACCGACCAGAAAGUCAGGAUUCCCCUUUGCAAGCUUUUCUUUUUGCAUGACUUAGUAGGAUCAAUACAGUUUCCUGAGUUGACAUAGUGGUGGAUUUAACAGUGAUGCACCACAAUAGAAUUUUAGGUUAAGCUUUUAGGAUCCCUUCUUCAUGAACUGUCUGUGUGGAUCUCACUGUUGAUUACUGAAUGUAGAUGAAAACAGCAGCAAACAAACAUGUGAAAAGCAACAUCAAAAAUGCAUAAUUAGAUUAUUUUUCUGCCAAGAGAAGUUGAACGCUCAUUAAGUUCACGUCCAUCUGCAUAAAUGUGCAGACUGCGUUAUAAUGCAUUAGAGAUAUACGAGAUAGAGUGAGAUAUUUGAGUUGAUUUACCGUGACACUUGUUAGGGAGGUUCACAGCAGCUUUACUAAGAAGACUGCAUUCGUGUUUGUUUGUGUGUGUGUGUGUGCCUUUGCAUAUGUGGUUGUGUAUGUGCAUGAAAGAGGUCUGAAUCGUUUCUCCCGAUCUGUUUGUACGUGUGUCUAUGCAUGUGCACAUCUUCAACCCUGCGCCUGCUGAGCCCACGUUACUUUGAUUGACAGGUGAAACUUGCCUUCACACACAGAACUGCCCGCCCAGCGCGCCUCCGGAGUAGCAGCUCCUUACCGCACUCUGAUUGGCCAGACUCUGCGUAGCUCAACCAGGUCAACUGAGUCGGGGCACUUAGAAGAGCGACGAUUGGCCAGUGGUAAAAUCAACAUUACUAUCCCCACGUGGAGCCGGAGCUCUGAUUGGUCUGCUGUCGCUUUGUGGGAGGGCCUCUAGUUUCGGUUAGCUGGGAGCGUGAAACCGCGUGAGAAAGUUGCCAUUGAGGUAAAGCAGAGCUGGACAGAGGACUGUAGCUACCGCUUUGGGAGUUGUUGCUAUCAAAACUAACAACACAUUUCCUGUUUUUUUUCUCUUGAACCUUUUUUUGAAUGCAGGUUUGCUUCUGAGACUCGUCGGGGAAGUAUUUUUUUUUGUAUUUGUUGACUGUUCAACCGCCAGCAAGCGACCGCGGCGAGUCAAGUGGGAACUCUUCUCUGCAAUUAACUUACGCUGGAUUUGUUUCUGAUGCUCUGAUUCCACCGUUCGCGGCUGUCCGAUGAUGCGGGGCUAACUGCUUUACUUCUUCGUCUUUGUUUGUCUUCUUCGUCGUUCUUCGUUGGAUUCUACACAAAACUAACAACGAAGAAGUGAAAAGAAGUGCCUCAAACCUCUUCAUUUCUCACCUGGUUCGUACCCUUCAACCCCCCUCCUGCUGGCUGCCUCCAGCUAAUGAGCCGUUUCCCGUGUUUUUCCGGUUGAUUAGCGGCCGAGCUGCGGGUGGAGUGGAGGAGAGACCCGGAGAGGAGAGGCGCGGGGAUACACAUUAAACGGUCGGUGAACUCGGACGGUUUGGGUUUUUCUUUCAAAUUAUCGGCGGUUGGUCUGCGAAAUAACGGCCGAUGGAUCCGUGUCCGUGAUCUGCGGCACCUCACUGUACCCCUCACUGUACCCUCUUUUGAUACCCCUCAUAACCGGGGGUUUAGGAAGGACACGGUUUACAUCCGACAGGAGAAGAAGAGCAUGUUUCCCCAGGGGCGACACCCGGUAAGACUCGCCGAUUUUCCCUUUAUACUUGUACACCUGACUGUCCAAGUGUUCACAGAAAGUAACAAACAACCCAAUCUGGUUUUUAAAAUAGUUGUAAGAUCAUUUAUACUUAACUCAUAUUCUAAGUUUAUUUCUCUUACAUGUUCCCCCAGCUAUAACAUUAUAAACACAUUGGCAAUCUAAUGCAAUCCAAUACAAUAGCUUUAGUUUUUAUUGCCAUGAUCAAACAUGUAAUUAUUGUACCUCUUUAUUAUUUUUGAAGACAAAGUGGGUGGUGCAUUACUGGAGUAUGUUAUAUUCAAAUAUGGUACUUGUGUUGUGUCUACUUCAUGAACAAACAUGAGGAAAGCAAAAUAUAGGGUGCACAUUUCAAUACACCACCAAAACUCACUUCAAAUAUUAGUUUAAGGAACAGUUAUCACCAGUCUGGCCAUGUCAACUCAAACUGAAAAUGCAGAAGUUGCAUAAAAGUUUAAUUUAUAGCAGAAGUGUUGUGGUAGAUUGCUCAGGUGUUCAUAGUGUCAUGGCAAUGUGGUGUAUAUUGGCAUUGUUUGUUUAAUAAAGGCUAAUAAUUAAAGGUUGUUGACAUUACACGUGAGGCCUGGAAAGGAUCACAUGCAAAUUGUUGGCCAAAUAAGGAGGCACCAUUAUGUGAAUAACUGUGUGUGUGUGUGUGUGCACCUUAGACGCCCCACCAGGCUCCCGGCCAGCCCUUCAAGUUCACCAUCCCAGAAUCACUGGACCGCAUCAAGGAGGAGUUCCAGUUUCUUCAGGCUCAGUACCACAGGUGAAUAAGACAAACACACUUAUUCACAUGUCUUCUUUGUUUAUGUAUGGGCGGCAAGGAUGUGCCAAUUUUCUCAUUGUCGUUUGCCCUCUAACACCAAACCUCACCCUGACCACAGUCAUCCCCCUUACCAUAAUGAACAAAACCCAGCUAUGGCCUUCUGCUAACCUGUAAACCUGGAUUAGGUUCACAUACACACACAUAUGACCCAGCACUCACACUGCGGUAGGUCUAAGUCUUGGUGAUGGGUGAACGCUAGAGGGUGGCGUGUGGGCUCAGGGUUUCAUAAAUCACUCCUUAUUUUCCCCUUAGUGUGUAGUUGUGUGGGUAAAACCAGCAGCAGUAUAUAUGCAGUUCUGUGUUUCUGCGCUCUGUGAGUACGUACUGUAACAUGUUUGUUUUUUUCCGGGAGGGUCAGCUUUCGCCUUCUUUCAGCUGCAACAGGUGAAAGCUGCUGACCUCAAAAGCUGUUUUUUCUUCAUUUCACAUCCUGAUUAUGCAUACAAAAAGAAAAGUAAAGCUAAACAUCCUACAGUCGAAAGAUAGAAUCAUCCUCUCCAAUUUAGGCUUUGUGUCCUGAACAGAUUUGGUUUAUUAUGAUAUCUGCUCGUGCUUCGAUAGCAAGCAAAAAACUCACAGUUCUGUUUUUUCUACUGGUCAUGGGUGUCUAUAGGAAACCGAGGUGCUAUCCAGUUUGUGGGUCGAGAGGAACCCGAUCCUCUUUAAAGAAGUGUCUCUUUAAGUGAAUGAUUAUACUAUUGUUGUGUUUUACAGCCUCAAGUUGGAGUGUGAGAAGCUGGCCAGUGAAAAGACGGAGAUGCAGAGACACUAUGUCAUGGUAAGAGCUGUGUGACACUUGAUAUACUGAUCCUGCAAAAGUACAAAUCACACACAAGGUUUUUGGAGAGAUGGCGUCUUUUUUUUAGACCUGCAAUCAAUUUUUGCCAACAGCUGUUAAGUGGCGAUAUUAAUUGAACAUAUUUUGUUAUCUGAACCAAAUGAGAAGGCAAAAAAUGUUGCAAUAAAGUCGAAGUAUCUGUUUUUGCUGAGUAUGGCUUUCCUCAUUAAUAUACUGAUGAUAAUGUUGAGAGAUUAAAUAAGACUGUUUAGACUUUGCACUCUGUGACGAGCCAAUUCUGAUUGGCUAAGACCUGGCAUUUCGCUGGAUUAAAUGUAAAAGGUUGUGCCUUUAUCUCUUCUUUCUUUAAUAGCCACUUCAUCUGAAACAAGUCAGGUCAAAGGCGGAUUAGGGUGUGUCUAACACCAUUAGUCUGACACAGAAACAAACAUGGGCUGGAAUGUGGUUCCAAAUUAUUUGCCCAUAGUAAACACUCCUGCAAGAUUAAAAGGCAUUUGGUGCGGAUGUUUGAAAGUUGCUACCCGAUGAGACAAUCUUCUAAUCAUCUUCCUUUGUGUCCUCCACAGUACUAUGAGAUGUCUUAUGGCCUCAAUAUCGAAAUGCACAAACAGGUAUGGAAGCUUAUCUGUGUCUGUGCGUCUGACCUGCUUAUUCCCCCAUCUCACAUGGCAGGGUUUGAUACGUUUAGUGUGUGUAUGUGUGUCUGUUGACAUGUCCUUGCGUGCGUGCAAAUGCAUUUGUGUGUGCGUGCAUCUGUGUGUUUUACUGUAUGCCCGUGUGUGUAGAUGUGCGUUUAUUUGUGAUCGAUGGGGCUCUGUCUCCAUUUCCCCAGUUAGGGUUGGCCGCCUGAGCCCAGAGGCAGGAUGAAUGGCUCUGUAGAUUGAUUGGUGCUGUCUAGGGGAGCGGCCUGCUUUAUUACAUUAGAGGGGCAGGGCUGGGGAGGGCGGAAGAAUCGAUCACGCCGAGGCCGGCAAAGGAGAGACAGUAGAGCUCCCAUUUUAAGAGGCAGGGAGGCGAAAGCAGACCAACACACACCUUAGUAAGGCUGAUGCACAAGUGUGUAGACAUGCAAAUACAGAAAGGACACCUACCUACUGUGAUGUAAGGCAAGGACAUUUAUGUUCAGCCAUGAAUAAUUUAUGCAAACACAUAAGGACAGGGACAAUUAAACACAUGCACAGUAACACACACACACAAACACAGAAAGGCAAACAUGUUUAUGCAUGGGCACACAUACACAGGCGCAUAAAAAGGUAAACACUUUGAGUAGACACACAGAUGAGGAGGGAAAACUCUGACUCUCUUUCUCAUGCACACAAACACACAUUUCCCCACAGGAGUGGUGCAUGGCUCAGAGCGUUUACCAGUAAUUACCACAGCUAUCGACCAGUCAGACCAGAGGAAAUUGGAGGUGGAUUGGCCUGGCUGCUUCACUGAGGAGUGGAGAUGCUUCUUCACUGACUCUCUCACACUCCCCUUCAUUACUUUUUUUCUUGCGUCUCUCCUCUCCCUGUGUUGUUCUCUCCUCUCUUUUUUUUUUUUUUUUUUACACUCAAAUACUCUCCCUUUCUUUGGAAUCUCUUCCCCCCCCCCCAUGCUAUACCCCACCCUGCUGUUUUUUUCCUCGGCUCCUUAUUCAUUUUAUGUCCAUGUGAAGCAACUGCUCUUUCAUUGUGAGGGAGAUGCAUCUCUUGCCAUUGUCCAAACUCACAUAAACACACUCUCACAGAAACUGGCCCACACUAAAGCUCCAGGGGAGGUCAUUAGCUUUGGGCUGCAGUUGUCAGAGCAACAAGCUUCUGUCAGAGGGGGGUAUGAGGGCUUCAGAACAACCCACCUCCUGCUGGGGAGGUAGGGGUGUGUGUAUGUGGUGCGUCAGUAAUGCCCCAAUUAUAUGUGUAAUGGGAAGCCUGUUCUCUGUUAGCACAUAGUGUGUGCACACUUCUUUCUGUUUCCUCAACUUUAGUUUGCUCACUCUCUUCAUUAUUUGAAUAUCAUUAUGUGGGUGGUGCACCAUAGCAGCUCCCCACUCCGGCUUUUCAGAAGAUGACAGUUGUGAGCUUUUAGUGUCUCAACUUAUUUCCUUGAAGUGGCCUUUGAGUCACGCUUUGUAAUAAUGUCUCACUUGGGGAUUGCACCUUCAGGUAUUUGUGGCCUCAUCUAUUUGAUCCUUGUUAGUUUUGUCAGUUAGCUUAGUAAGAUUAGCUGAGCUGACCUGGUAGUAGUUGGUCCAACUAUUCUAAGAUUGCCUUAUCAGUAAGCCUCAGCGCACGGGUAAUUAUAGGCUUCCAACUUCCAUUUCUGCGAAUGGAAGUACAUGAUGGUUCGCCUAAAAUAACUCCUUCAAGGCUGUGAAUAAGUUGAAUAUUAUUAGAUUGGGUUAUGGCUGGCUAAAAUCAGCAACUCAUUAGCUCGCUACUGGGGAAUCCUUCAUCUGGUCAUCUGGAAGCAGUUGUGACAUGUACUCACUCAGGAUGCACAAACAUGGCAAAACGUAUUGGAAACAAUGCCAAGAUUUAUCACGUGAAUGCUGCACAGACUGGCAAAGACAGACACAUACCAACUUGAGAAGAGACAUCUGUGAUUUAUUAACUGUAAUAUAAAUUAGGGCCCGACUGAUUUAUCGGCAAGCUGAUUAAAUCGGCCAAUUUUAGCCCGUUUGAGACUAAUCGGUAAUCGGCCAAAACUCACCUCCUGCCGAUUUUCACAGAUAUGUUCAGAAAUAAAAUACGGCGAAUAAGAUUCGGUUUCACUUCGAAAAUGUUGCGCCAUUUGAAAAGUUCCCCGACUUGUCCUGUACCUCAUGACAGUCUUCAUCCACUAACUACCUCACAGCACAGCAGAGUGAAGGAUCUGAAGCAGGCAGCUCAGGGACGUACAGAGGAGAGUGGUCCGCUUCAACGGUAAAUAAACUAGUUUGUGAAAUACACAAUAAGUCAACAAGUUUCAGUUCAGCUCACUUCACGAUGUUCCCCGCUGUGCUGGUCUCGGUCACACCGAGUUAACGGUGCAGCACCAUGUAAUACGCAAGCUAAUGUUAGGGCUAGCCACCUGCUAUUAGCCUUGCUACACUGUUAGCCGUGCUAACGAGUUUGAUCAGUCGGUCUUCCUGUCGGUGUGAAGAGCAGUAGCCUACAGUAUAUCUACAGUAUACUCUAGAUAUCUACAGUAUAUAUAUAUCUUUUUUAUAACUUCAUAAAAAAAAUUAACCCCCCCCCCCCCCCAAUGUUCGGUGUCGGCAUCGGUCCCAACAUAAAUCUCAAAUUAAUUUUUUUUUUUCGAAUAGAUAAGCGAUUGCCCAUCAGUGUGUCAUGUUAACACAGCCUGCAGCUAAUUCACAUACAUUAUGUCAGUAUACCUUUAGCCUUUCAUAUCAGACAUGUUACAUUGCUCAUUCACAAGUUAACCUCUAAAUGACGAACAGAAACAAAAGUGGAUUUAUUUCUUUUUCUAGUUUCAUACAACCUUUAAUUUCUAAAAAUGAUUGCUAUUUAAUGCAUAAGUUAAUAGCGUGUGGUGUUUGUCAAAGCUGUUCUGUGUACAUUUACCUCUAAUUUGGUUACUUACCUUCUCCGAGACAUGUCUAACCACCUUAUUUACCUUCUAUUGGGUAGUGUCAUUUGAAACUCGAGUCUUACCUGGAAAUGUCUUUUUUUAGCGACAGAUAUACCCCUAAGUUAUAUUAUAGGUGAUGCAGCUUCUUAUUCAAUUAGUUCAAGACGCGUUCUGAAAGGGCAAGUACUUUAUUUAGCUCAUCCAAGUACAUAAUUGGCUGAACUGUGGCAGGGUCACUUAAUGCUGAUGGGUGUGUGUGUGUGUGACUGACUGACUGAUCCAAUGAGGGCAUUUGUGCUACCGCAUAAGAGGGCAAUCUCAGGAACAAUAAAACGUGUUUAGUGGCACAUAAUACAAGCAGCAUAGCCUGAGGCAUGGCAUCAUUUCCCUGCUUUUGUCCAGACAGAAACAUGAAGAGAUGGAUUCAGAUGAAAUUUGACACAUUUAUGGUCCCCAGAAGCCGAAUUGUAGAGACUUAAUGAUCCCCAGACUUUCCUCCUAUCUGGCCGUACUUUGUCCUCUCAGUCUUCUAAAGAUUAAACUUGAAGAAAUUUGAAAUCACACGGAGAAGUCUUACAUUUAUUGGUAAAGGACCCAAAAAUCUUUGACAAAGUACAGUGGUAUCUUAGCUAUGUCUUAAAUGUCAUCAUAGUUACAGAUGGGAAAGCUCUUUUGUACUUUCUUGAAGCAAACUGUUGCUGUCGUGUAACAUAGUAAGCACUGGUUAUAUUGAUAAAAAGAGCGAUAGGUUAGCUCAGUUCUUGCCCCACUGUCUUGAUACUUGAUCCCGCUAUUUGACUCCGUUUAGCCUUGUUUUGCAUGCUAAAUAUAAGCAUGUUGACCUGAACAGGCUAAACUAAGACGAGGCAAAUUUAGCUCGAAGGACGGCUGUACCAAAAUCUCCUGCCUCACAGAGCCGAUAGCAUGUCUGGUGACUCUUCUUGACCUUUUAAUGAGAAAAGAAUUGGAGCAAUAUCCGCUCGUCUCUCGCAAAAGCUGAUGGGAGAGGAAAAUGGCGAAGUGGCUCAUUUUUUGAAAAGUACUUACAAAGGGAACUGGAGCAAUAGAUAUCUUGAAAUUUAAUGAAAAAGAGAAGUGCUUUUUAUUUCAACUUUUAAUGGUUACUUGCCUGAAGAACACAGUUAUUUCUACAUCAGGUUUAGUAACGGUUGGUCAGAUUAUUUGUCUGUGAAUGUCAUGUAACCGAAGUUUUGUUAGAAGAGUUUCCAUGGCUUAAAGUUUCAUGAGCUGUCAAGCCAUGAUUAUGAAAAUCACGCAACUUUUUCUUAGAUUUCAUAUACUUACUACACACAUCGACUCAGAGCUUUCCCAUCCAGCUUGUGUGUCCAUGUGUCUAUUUAUGUUGGAUUUGUGGGUCUUUUGAGCCAUUACUACAUUUCAUGGCUGCUCCAGUUCCCUCUUCACCCUCGCCUUCUAUGUAUCACUUUGAUUGGAUGAUGUGUAAUAUGAGUCCCCUUAUCUGAUUUGGUGCCACUGUGGGGGUAUCUGGUUUCAGCCAAUUGUUGCCACCUCCGGGGGGUUUUAGGGGCAGGCGGAUGUGUUGGCAUGGAUACUGGGGGAGAGCAAAUGAAGUUAGUAGCUGAUGAGAUUAUGUUGAAGUGCUGAUGGGAAAAGGGACAAGAUCACAGAGGGUAGAAAGAGCAAAAGAAAAACAAGGAGGACGGAAACUUGAGCUCACAUUGAUAAUUAGGAGGUAAAUCUUAUUUUGGUGUUUGUGCGUUCGUGAUGCCGAAAAUUGCAGACACUGGAUUUGUGUGUAACGAGAAGCGUAUGGGUUUCGUGAUGUAUUGCAGAGUAGUAGUGAACUUCUCAGUGUGCGUAUGCUUGUAUUACUUUAUUGUUGUUACUGAACAGCUGUCAUUCCUAAAUGGAUGUAAUUAUGUUAUUAACAAUGAAGUCUCUCUCUCUCCCUCCCUCUCUCUCUCUCUCAGACUGAGAUUGCCAAGAGACUAAACACCAUCUGUGCACAAGUCAUUCCCUUCCUCUCACAGGAGGUAAGUAUGUGUGACAUUGAGCUAACAGACUGUUAUUCUCUGGGCUAAAUGCGUACUCUCUAGUUGUCUCUGGAAAUGAUUUUUUACUCUUAAUCUGAAAAAAAAGAAAAAAACAUCAUGUGUGUCUUUGUGUUUCGCAGCAUCAGCAGCAGGUGGUUCAAGCUGUGGAGCGGGCCAAACAGGUGACCAUGGCAGAGCUCAAUGCCGUCAUCGGGGUACGUGGACUUCCAGGGCUUCCACCGACAGUGUGUAUUCUUCUACUUACUCUAUAUUGAAAUCAACAAUGUUUACACUUCUUCUGUCCUACAAAAACAACACAAAGACACUCCUCAUACAACUCACACUCAGAAAGGAAUGUACUGUUACGCUUUUUUCAUCUCCGAUACGAUACAGAUAUCUACAGUUUAGUAUCGGCUGAUACCGAUCAAGUUUUAACACUGCCCCUCCGAACAUUUACUGCGCAGGUAUUGCAAGUGGACGUCGAGCUUGUAGGCUGAGGUAUUGUGAUGAAGUUCAAGAUAGCAGACCCCUUUGAUCGCUCCAUUUUGAAAACAAUCCUGGCAUCCGCUCAGCAUGUUUACUUGUGGACACCACUCACGGCAUAGCAUAGAGUACAGGUCCUUUCACACCAGGACCGUUUUUGUCGUGCAAUUAUUUCGGACAUCAAUAUUUUUUUCCGAACCCGUAUCCUGUCAAUACAAGCGUUCACAUCAGCGACAUUUUCCCGUCCUGCGAUAUUGUGGCAUUUAUUUUUUCGGAUCAUGGUCGAUUUUUCUAAAGUUUCACACACUGUGUGUCCACUUCUGACCAAUCAGAUUGAGUGUUGUUGCGACGUCUGAUUCACUGGUACAUCCAACAUGGCUGACCGGCUGAUUGUUUACGUGUCGGAGAACAGAGUGCUUUUAGAUAAAAGACACAAACAUUACAAAGAUAACGACCUGAAGGACAACAUAGCAUCGGAUCUCUCAUAUGAUGAUGGUCUGUGUGCUUUAACAGUUUGGUAAACGUCUUUAUUUUAACUUUCAUCUGUGCUAAUGUAAGCUAACCGUUGUUACCAUAGUUUUCAUGUGCUUGUAUUAUCGCCUCUGAUUGGCUAUAAGUGCUGACUGUUGGGCUUAAGUGUGUGAUGACGUUUCCAGCUUUUCUAGCCAAUCAGAGGUAAAGGAGGCGGGACUUUCCCUGGGAAAAGUCUUCCCCGGGAUGCGUCUUUUUUCCCCUGGAAAGUCGCAAAAUCGCAUCGGGCAGGAUGUGUAUAGUGAGGCGCGUCAAAUUUCGCCCGAGAAUAUUUCGUAAUUUUGCGUUCUAUAUUCGCAUCGGCCCUGGUGUGUAAGGACCUUUAGACUGAAUAGAUCGACCCUUAUGCAUCGGGCCCAUCGUCAUGAUACCCGAUCUCGAAUUUUCCUCAGUAUCGGGACUGAUACCGACAUCUAAUAUUGGAUCAGUGCAUCGCUACACUCAGAUUUAUGCAUCAACUUUUUUUUUUUCCUUUUCGGAAUUAUCACUUAAAAUCUUCGAAGUCAUCACUCAAGCUUGGCCCUUGCACUGGUGUCAUGACCUAAUCACCUGCAAUUGCAAAUUUAUGAUGUCUUUACUUUGUGAGAUUGUGAGCCCACAUCAGAUACUGUUUUUAAAGGAAAACGACAACUCAAAUCACCAGUUGCGCUAAAACUUAGCUCAAUGUCACAAAGCGGUAUGCCGAAUAUCAAAAAGUUGCCAGACAGAAAAGAGUCCAGGCAGAGGUUUGACUGGCAGGAGGUGAGGCCCAGAGCUGAGUUAAAGGGGAAUGUGGCAAAGGGGGGGGGGGGGGGUUCUUCGGAGUAUCAGCCAAGUAGAGAGUCAGCAUUGGGUUCAGAGAGUUAAAUAUGAGGUGUGCUUGUUAUUUAGCAUGGACUGAUGGGGGUCUGUGUAUGUGAUGGGGGGGAGCUGGAUUUGGCAGUUGCUGUUUUAGUCUUAAUUGCAGGAUUUCAGUGUUUGUAAAGGGGGGUUAGGGGAGGGUGGGGGUCACAGCAUUGCCCUUACACUCCCCUCUUCCCCUCUCCUCCCGUCUCCCACGCCAGCCUGUCAUUCACCCUGUUUGUGAGUUAAAUGAGUGUAAUGAAGCAUGUUGCCCCUACCUCCACACACACACACACACAUACAUGCACACACACCAGCUACAUCAACACUAACAUCCCGUGACGUACCGGGCUCCCCUUUCCCUCCGCAGAAUACUUCCCCUCCAUUUACUCCCAUCAGGGGUCCUGUUUGUGUAUCUGUGUGUGUUUUUGCAUCUGUUUGUGUGUGCGUCUGGGUGAAACAGAGCAUGUGUUUCUGUUAUCCGCCGAAAAACAACAGGCAGGGGUAGAAUGGUUGAGUGUGUAUGUCUGCCUUGUUUAUCUAGACUCUGUGUAUGCAUGUUAGUGUGAUCAAGUGUGACGUGUGGGUGUGUUUAUGUUUGAUUGUAAGCCAGGCGUGCCAACUCGGGAAAUCGAGUGUAUGCGUGUAUCUGUCUGUGUGUACAGGCAGGCAUGGGGGUUGAGGCUAAAAGACUGUUUCGUUGUUUAGCCUUCAUUCAUGGGGGCAGGACGCAGAGAGUGAAGGAUGGAUAGUGAGGAAAAGAGAGGGCGGGGGCUCAGGAGAGGGGGAGUGGGUUAGUCAAUUAGGUGAGAUAAAAGUCGGUUUGACCUUCAGCACUCCUUCCACCCCUGCAGAGUCGCCUCCUGUGCCCCCCCCCUUCUUUCUCCUCUCAACUCCCUCCUUCCUCCUCCCCUCCCGGCGGCGAAUCAGUGAGCUUGGAUUCCCGCGGCUACUGUCUGAGGAGGCAAUAAUGAUGUUUUGGAACACAAAGGCAUUUCACGCUCAGACGAGCGCCUGAUUUGGUGUGAAAGAGAGAGCAGGGCUGCAAGCCAAACUCCCUCUCUCUCUCUCUCUCCCCCUGACCCUCUUCUCUCCUUUUCUCCUCCCCUCUCUCUCUUCAGCCGCCGUACUCUCUCACUAGACCUGACAGUGAAGGCAGCAGCUGGGGCUUUCUGCUCCCCCUCCCCACCUCACUUCUCUGCCUACCCCCUCUCCUGCCACCACGUCCCCGAGCUCUGGGCUGUGAUCCCAGCUGUCAGUAUUGUUCAGUGUUUGACCCCAGAGGGAGGAGGGUGUGUGUGUGUGAGGCAGUGUGUGUAGGGGGGACAGGAUGUGUUCACCACCUUGUAGACUGCAGCAGCUUGUUGAGGUGGUGUAAACUCAGACACUGAAGAAACUGUCCCAUCUGUUGAAGUCUUCAGGAAGGCCAGGAGUCUCCAUUUAUUGGGUUACAGAGUGCUAUUGAUUGUCUCCCAUUGAUGGCUCAGUCAGUGUGGCUCACUGACACUUGAGUUUUGGUGUCAGGCAUAUGGUCAUUGCUGAGGGCUAAAUCAGAAACUUAAUCCUGAUGUUUUUGUUCGCGUUGUGUUUAUAAUUCACCAUAUAUUGCAAUCCAAAUCUGUGUUUCGGCAUCCAUAAAUGUCCCAGAUCAUUCCUCAACUAUCAAUUAACCAACUCUGCCCUCCUCUGCUUUUCCUGCCUGUCUCUAAGCAGCAGCAUCUAUCCCACAACCACGGUGGUGCACCUGUGCCCCUCACCCCUCACCCCGCCGGCCUCCACCCCUCUCAGCUGGGUGGUUCUGCCGGUCUCCUGGCGCUGUCUGGAGCACUUGGCGCCAUCCCUCCCCAUCUGGCAGGAAAAGAUGGCAGCGAUAAAAAGCCUCACCUGUCCGGACCUGACUCGCAUCCAGGAGGACCUGAGCACCUGAGAGGUGAGUGAAUGCUUCCUCCGCCACAGGAACACCAUCUGAAAUAAAAACUGGAAUCAUUCAAUGACUAAAGCUCUUGUUGAGAUGAAAGUUUUAAGUACUAAAACUUAAACUGUGGUCAUAUCUGCUUCUUAGUUCAAACUUUCAGUAAUUAAUUAUGCACAUAUAUAUGUCGCCCUUGCAUUUUUAAUUCAUUCUCAUCUCUUAUAUUUAUCUUUUUUCUGCUCUGCUGAACACCCAACCCUCUGACCUAAACUGCAUCUACAUAUUUCCAACGGCCACAGAGCGAGAGCCCGGCACAGUAAGUACUUCCUCUUUCUGCAGCAAUGCUCGCUGUUUCGACAAGCUGCUCACUUUCGUCCUCGUCUUUCUCGAAAGUACACUUAGGGUUUUGAGAGGUCUUGAAUUUGCUCCUAGAAGCGGUUAGCAUUCUGGUGGACUGGAGCUCCACAGUGAGACUAGUCCGAAGCAGCUCAGUUGAUUGACCUCUGGGGUUGGUACCUUUCUCAAACUACAGGACAAACAAACUUCAAGUAAUCCUCUUUUAGUAAACCACACAAUAUUUACAUUUUGCCGAACCACGCUUGUUAUCAAACUUGUAGUUGUGUAAGUGUCGGGGGUAGGUGGUUUGGAAAUAUCUGGAAAUACCAGUAAAGUAUCAGUAAAUACCAACAAAGACCCAAAGAACAAUGUUGUUAAUCCCAUUAAAAGCCAAGUUCAUCUCGGGCCAUUGACAUAUUGAAAACAUGAUCUCAACAGUCAGAAGUGAACCCAUAAAAACUAAGAUUGGAAAACUUGAGCUCAUAUCCGAUUCAUUUCUAUUUAUCUUAAUAGUAAUACUUUCAUUAUGUGUCUUUUGCUGAAACAGAAACCCAAACCAUUUCCCCCUCAGGGACUGCUGGAGUUCACCUCUAUAUGCAUAAAAGCUCAUUGCUGUUUUUACCUCCGUUUCACACCCAAGUAGUUUUCAUCCUGAAGUUGCAUAUUUUUGACUGCCAUUUCCAAAAAGUGUGUGUGUACUUUUGUGCGUUCGGGGAUCUCUGGGGGAUAGCUUUGGCCUGCCUAUUUAGUUCUGCUCUAGAUCUGCUCUGAACUGUUAGGUUUCUUUUCUCCUCCAAAUGAGCUUUUUAGCAUGGUCACACGCACACACUCGCCCGCGCACACAUGCGCACACACACUCGCGCACACACUCUCCGCCAGCCUAGCCUGCAUUGUUGUGCCUAUUUAACACCUCAGUGAGCAGAUUACCCCCUUCUUCCCCUCCCACCGCCCCUGAUCCCGCGCUUAAAGACUCUCAUUGUGUUUAAUAUCACCACCAUUGAGAGGGAAGGCUUUGGAGAGGGAGGGGAGGGGGGGACCAGCAGUCAUAUGACACUGAGCUUGUGUGUGUGUAUGUGUGUGUGUGUGUGUAAGAGAGUGAGGGAGAGAGCGAGAGACCGUGCUAAAAGCGAAUGGGGGAGACAGAGGGGGGAAAUUGCUUAUGUUUUGCGGGUCAGUGCUCCUGUGCUCAGCUCACUAAAACCUUUCAAUAAAGGGGUAGGAGGUAAGUGGGAGGGAGGAAGGGAGAGAGGGUGGGUGAGGGAGAGGGGAGACGGCGUGAAGGAAGGGGGCCUUUGGCAGAAUACAAACCCCCCCCUACCCCCUUCCCCGUCUCUUCCCCUCCCUCGUCUCUUGUCACCCUUUCUUCUCCUCCACAGUCUCACACCCUCCUUCCAUCCUCUCUGUCCUCUAAUCUCAUUCCCCCUCCUUCCCCCUUUUUCUCACCCUCCUCCUCCUCCCUCUCUUUCCCCCCCUCCUCUCAGCUCUGCCUCCUUCAUUUACCCUUUCCCCCCUCAAAGUCUAAGCGCAUGCUCGGUGGAGGUGUGCACGCGCAUGUGUGUUUGUGUAUGUUGGAUGCACAUUUCAUUGACAGGCUGAGACUAUAAUGGACUCAACAUGAAGCUUUAAUCCAUUAACAAUGGGGUCCGUUGGUCAGGAGGCUGGAGGGGGCAGCUUUGUGUGUGUGCGCCUGUGUGUGUGUAUCUCUGUGCACAUGUGUGUUAAGUCUCAGGACACAUGAGUGUUAUGAAAGUAAUACACACACACACACACACACACACAGUCUGGUACACACUCGAUCAUACGCGCAGGCUUAUACAGUCAAUUACACAUUGUGCACACGCUCACGUAUACAAUCACACACACUCGCAAACUGCAGCCAGUGCAGCUUGUCAGAGCCAGGAGAGGGAGCACUGAUAGAUUUUGAGAGCCACUUAAUGUAAUCAUCAACUUCAGAGGUGUGGGUUUGUGCGAGGCUGUGACAGGCUUUGGUCAAGUGAGAAAAGCGGCUGCUGUUAAAGUGUUAGCGCCGCUUAAUUCAUGCUGCUGUGAACUAUUAACCUAUUUGCAAGUAAGAGUCUGUUUUUCUAACCUGCUCUAAACGUAGCUGAAAGGCGGUUGUAAUUAGUUGUAGGUGGAUCAGACGGUUGAGUGAGCUCAUGCGGAUUGCUCACAGGCCAAACUGUAUAAGCAAAAAUUGUCUCACCACUGCAAAUCCCCCUUUUUUCUCUCCUUUGUCCUCCAAACUCUCCUUUCUCUUUUCGUCUUAUUUGCUUUCUACGCUAUCUUUUUUUUUUUCUCUUUAAUCUCUCUUCCCUCGACUCUUCUCCGCUGCGUUCUGUCCUUCCCCUUCCUCUCCGCUUUCAUCUGCAGAGUAACUCAUUGCUGCCAGAAAGUCUCCGAAACUCAGAUAAACGAAGAAACGGACCAGAGUUUCCGAACGAUACCAAGAAACGCAAGGUUGACGACAAGGACUCCAGCCACUAUGUAAGAACAGUUCUACUGACUGUGUUUUUGUUUCUGCAAAGAAUAUAACUCUAGUUUUUCAGUUCAUCAAGUCAAACGAUGAAUUUUGAAAGAGGUUCUCCCCAAUGGCAUUAUUUCAGCUUAACUCGAACUGAUAGGUUCCUUCCAAAAGCCUGUUUUCCAGCUUGUUAAGUCAAAAGUACAUGUGUACUAAGUUCUUCUCAAGAAUCUGUCUGGGCUGACAAAUCCUCUUCAUCUGCAGGACAGUGAUGGGGAAAAAAGUGACGAUAAUCUAGUGGUGGAUGUCUCAAACGAGGUCAGUGGUUUCAUAUUUUUUGUUAUUGCUGAAAUUUGUGCAGUUCCUCAAUAACUGCAUACUGAUACAUUUACAGUUGGGUCUGGAAUCUUCCAUAUUCAAUCAAUGUCACCAUCACUUUUGUGAAACGUUUUGCGCAUGUUGUCAACUACGUCUCGUCCUCCCGCCAGGAUCCCGCCUCCCCUCGUGGCACACCUCUCCCUUCCCCGAGAGAAAACGGCCUGGAUAAAGCACGUCUCCUGAAGAAAGACCCCUGCAGUCCAGCCUCCACUGCAUCAUCAGCCAGCUCCUCCUCCCUCAAAUCCAAAGAGAUGUCAAUGGUAGAGAAAGUUGUGUUAAAAAAGCUAAGAAAUCAGUUGAUAGAUGGACAUGUAUAUCAGUGGUUACACACUUUUUGUAUAUACUUUUAAGCGUUUUAUCUGUCUCUAUGUUGCAGCGAGACAAAGCAGGUACACCCGGGCUAAAAUCAAGCACGCCCACGCCAAGAGGUGACUCUACUCCUGGUCCAAGCUCUACUCCAGGUAUUCGGCCCAGUCUCUCAAAACCACCUUCAAUGGAGAUACCACAUGCACCAAGUAAGUCUUAUGAUAGUUCUCAGAAACAAAUUAAAUGUUUGGUCUAUUUUUAGAUUUAUGAUGUAGGACUCUUUGCCUUUAAGGCUCUGUUUCAAUCAGAUCUAUUAUAAUUUUUUGGGAAAAAAGCUAUGCCAAAGGGUGCUAAUCUACCGUGGUGUUUCCAGCAACAUUUGAUGGUUAGCCAUAUGUCUGCAGGGUCAAGGCUCGAUACUUAAGUGACUUUAAACUUGUAUUUUCUUGUUUUAGUUUCUACUUUUUAACUUUUUCAUUCUCCUUCUUCCCCUCUCCUCCCAAGCUGCAGGAUUGCGGACCCCCUUGGCUGUUCCAGGCCCAUAUCCGGGUGCAUUUGGUAUGUUGCCUCAUGCAGCAGGGAUGAAUGGCGAGUUGGCCGGUGCUGCAGGGGCUGCGGCUUAUGCUGCCGGACUGCACAACAUGUCACCUCAAAUGAGUGCUGCUGCUGCUGCUGCUGUUGCUGCUUAUGGUCGUUCACCAAUGGUGAGUAGAGAGAACUGUUUUGGCAAAGUUACAGUUCACAUUUCUAUCUCUUUGAACGCUGCUUCUGAAAGUUAAAAAAGAUGGAAAGGAGAUGUGUGUGUGAUGCGGGUUUUCUUGAAUCCCUUCUCUGAUCUUGGAAAGUGACAGUGAUUGUAGCUACUUUGCAGUUGAAUUAAUUCUGUCAAAUUGUGCUUCAAUCAUGAAGUCUGCAGAGCAAGUCCUGCUUUAGUCAGUUAAUUUACUUUAGUUAUAAAUGUCUUUUUUUACUUUGAAUAUUUAUCUAUUUUUUUAGUGUUUAUCGGCGUUGCAAGUUCUGAUUAAUUUGACUGUUAUGCUGUGUUUGAAGUUUACGGGCGUGAACACCUUUUAAUGAGCACUACUUUUAUAUGUGAAAGUGUGGAAACUGUCAAUAGUUGCACAGCUGCUUUUCUCGAGUGUGAGUGUGAUAGUAUUUAAACAGAGUGUAUGCUAGUGAGCAUUACCUUCAAUCACCUCAUCACUCUUGGCUGUAUUUACAAAGUGUUCAUUACACUGUUUAAAUAGGUUUAGUAGACUCACAGCUGUGUCUGGGCAACACUCGAUAGAAAUUCACCCACUGUGUGUGUGUGUGAAGAGCGUCACUGUGUGUUUGUGCGUUUGAUUGGGGGCAGCACAAGCAGUGACAGCUCUGCUUCUAUGUGUUUGCUAACUCUUAAACUUGUCAUUCAGAUUCAAAGGGUGUGUGUGCUCAAGAGUGUCGUGUUUGCUUUGUGCUCAUGAGUGUUUGUGUUCGGUUCCGCAGGUUACUAUUGACCUGUGUGCAUCUUCUGCCAAUGCCCAUGGGUGUGUGUUUGCGCUGUGCUCAUAAAAAUGUCUUUGUUCUCUUCACAAGGUUGGUUUUGAUCCUCAUCCUCACAUGCGAGUUCCUGGAAUGCCUCCCAGUCUGACAGGGAUCCCUGGUGGCAAACCGUAAGUGUGUUUGUGGUUGUUUGUAUGUUCAAGGACCUGAAAUGCCCUCUUGAAACAAACCCUACUUUUGAGUGAAACCUCUUCCAAGUCCCAUCAUUAUUUUGUUUUGUAUCAUCAGUGCUUACUCCUUUCACGUGGCGGCUGACGGACAGAUGCAACCAGUCCCGUUCCCCCCAGAUGCUUUGGUGGGUCCGGGGAUUCCUCGCCACGCCCGUCAGAUCAACACACUGAACCACGGGGAGGUGGUGUGUGCAGUCACCAUCAGCAACCCCACCAGGCACGUUUACACUGGAGGGAAGGGAUGUGUCAAAGUUUGGGACAUUAGUCACCCAGGAAACAAGAGCCCAGUGUCACAGCUUGACUGUCUGGUGAGUCGGCAGAUUUCAGACUUGAUGUGUAUAAAAAGAAGAUAUUAACCACAUAAAACUGCACUGUCAAUGUGCACAAAUGUAGUGGUAAAUGUAAGUAAAGAUCUAAAUACACUCUUUGUGUGUGCUACAUCAGAACCGCGAUAACUACAUCCGCUCCUGUCGACUGCUUCCUGAUGGUCGGACGUUGAUUGUGGGAGGCGAGGCGAGCACUCUGUCAAUCUGGGAUUUGGCCACGCCUACCCCGAGGAUUAAGGCAGAAUUAACAUCAUCAGCGCCGGCAUGUUAUGCUCUAGCCAUCAGCCCAGACUCCAAGGUCUGUUUCUCCUGCUGCAGUGACGGAAACAUUGCAGUUUGGGAUUUACACAACCAGACACUGGUUAGGUAAGAGAGAAACUUGUACAUACAUCAUGUUUGUUUAAAAGGAAAAUAUAAGUGUUAUUCUUUGAAAGUUGUAUGGAUGGAUUUGAUCAGCUUAUCAACUGCUCUGGCAACCUGAGACUUAGCGUGUCUUUGUUUAAAGUGUUGCUUUUUAUUCAGCUCUGUGUGUAUGUAUAUAUCCUACAGGCAGUUCCAGGGCCACACAGAUGGAGCCAGCUGUAUUGACAUCUCCAACGAUGGCACCAAGCUGUGGACUGGAGGCCUCGAUAACACAGUCCGCUCUUGGGAUCUGAGAGAGGGGCGGCAGCUGCAGCAGCAUGACUUUACAUCACAGGUACACAGUCGGAGCUCGAACACAGUUUCUUACCAACUCCCUUUGAUAAACUGCAUUGGAAAUCAGAAAGAAGGUUCCGUCAUUCACAUUAGAUAUUGCAGUUGCAGGCUUAAAAUCUUAUAUCUAGAAAUUGUGAGUCUCAUUGUUACUGAAGAUGUAUCAUUGUUCAUUUCAGUCUGUUUGAUAACCAAUCAAAAGCUCUUCACAGGGGCUUAGAUUUGUAAAGCUGAAUCUCUAUGCUCAAUUAAACGCGAGUAAUAUUUGCCAUCUUUUCCACACAGAUUUUCUCUCUCGGCUACUGUCCGACUGGAGAGUGGCUGGCUGUGGGAAUGGAGAGCAGCAACGUGGAGGUUCUUCAUGUCACCAAGCCUGAUAAAUACCAGCUUCAUCUACAUGAGAGCUGUGUACUCUCCCUGCAGUUUGCCUACUGUGGUAAGCACCGAUCUAUCAAUGCAUCUGUCUGUUAAGCCCCCCCUGCGUUCAGUUUUCUCAGCUCGUUUGUUUUCUAACACCAUCCCCUUUAAAAUGAAUGAUGUCCUGUUUGGUGGAAGUUAACAGACUGUGUUUAACUUUAAGUUUCUUUUUGGCAUUUUUCUUUCAAAUAGCUUAGUAUUGAGGUGUACCUCAACUAUGAAGCAAUUAGGGGCCCCCUUCCCUUGUGGUUUCACUUAAAUGCCAUCUUAUCUGUUGCGUUACAUUUUAUUCUACAAAGCCUUUUGUGUUUACUGUUUAUAUUUUGUUAACGUGGACAAUUUGAUUUCUGUUUUAGAUAUCUUUAUCACUGAUGUCUGCGUUCUUCCUGAAAAUGCUAAUUGAAUGUGUGUUUGCAUGUGUCUCUCAGGUAAAUGGUUUGUGAGCACAGGAAAGGAUAACCUACUGAAUGCAUGGAGGACACCGUAUGGGGCCAGCAUAUUCCAGGUUGGGAGAGUUUAUAUGAUGUGUUGCUUGAUAGACCCUGAAGCGGCUUCUCUAGCUUUAACGUGACAAAUCAUUUCUAGCAGAGUUGCAGUGCAUCAAUGGCAGGAUAUUACAAAACACAAGACACUGAGCAGAACUCUGUGAUGUGCAUUUGUAGUUUAUUUUGCACUUAUCAAGUUGUGAAUAUUGCCGCUUUAAAACACUGCUUUUCAUGAGGGAACACAUCUUUUGUCCUGUGCUGCAUUUGCAUAUUUUUAAUAACUGUAUCAGACAGAUUAUUAUGGCUACUGUGGCUUUUGACAUAGUUAAUAUUAAAACAAUAUAUUUUAUGUCACUAGAUGUCAAACUUCUUAGUAUAUUGUCCUGCAUAGUCAGAAGAAAUUGUGUUCCUCCUUUAUUUGCUUUAAAAAUUUGUCUCUAAAAUGAGUCUGAAUUUUCUCUCUCUGUUAUUCUUCAGUCUAAAGAAUCAUCCUCAGUGCUAAGCUGUGACAUAUCUGUGGACGACAAGUACAUAGUCACCGGCUCAGGGGAUAAAAAGGCCACUGUUUAUGAAGUCAUCUACUAGAAAUACUGGAAGAAAGGAAGAACUUUGUUUUCCUCCAUGACCAACAUAUUUCUAGAAACUUCCACUUGGAAGCAGACUUUGCGGACAGAGGGACCUCUAUUACUUUUUUUGUUACACCUGCAAAGAAAGGAAAUAAACCCUUCACAUGCACACAUCUGUUGUGCCCGAGUAUGCAGCUACACGUCCACGAGGAACUAACAGCCGCUGGAUUUUCAUGAAAGGAGAGGAACUAUUUGGAUGUUUGUGUCUCGCCAGCUUUCUGCAGAGGAACCCACCGGGAUCAGUUACAAGUGACCCAACACUGACUUAACCAAAAGGUGUGCUGAGCAGUUUGACUGGAGCUAACUCCGAUUUUGAAAAACUCUUUUCUGGGUGUCACUUUUCUUGAAAGAACCCUCAAGUAAGGUGGUUGAAUAUGUGGACAAACUGCGGACAGAUAGACAAACAGCAUUAAAAUGUGGACAUGGAUUGAGAAAAUGAUACUGGCUCCAGACCGAUAAUGCCCACAGCCUGUUGAUCCCUCAGCUCUGACUCUCUGACCUUAGAACCUCAGCUUGCUGUUCUGAAACGCCUACACUGUCUGAAAAGUACCUUUCUUGUCUCAACAGUAAGUCCUAUCUUCAACAACUGCGCUGUAGUAACCGUGGUAGCCGCCCACCUACAUGCUCAGUACACACAACAUACCACCACCGCGGAUUCAGACAUACAUGAGCCCAUGUUUGUUAAGCAUCAUGCUGUUGUUAAUUUUUGGUGAUGGGAUGUUUGAUCCCGAUCAUGCGUCAAAGUGUAUUCUGAAUUUUCAUCCUAUGUACUCGAUAGAGGAAAACAGUUUACCAAACCCAACAGGAGAAUAUAAUUUAAAUGUUACAAAAGUCUUAACUCUGUUCAUUAUUCUCCUCUCUCUCUCUCAUAUGGUGGUUAAAAGACCAAUUAAUAGAAAUCUUAAGUAAAUAGGAGCUAAAGAGAGUGAGUUAUUACUUGAAAAACACUGUAUUCUUGUCAUUUAUGAGCAACCUAACCCCUUCACACAAUGGUUUCUCAGUCCCUGUGCCCCACAGUGCAUGUCUCCAGCCUCAUCUGAUUGAGCCCAUGUUCCCACACCAUCACGUUAUCAACAUGUCAGUCUUUCGAUUCUUGCUCAAGUCAUAUAGCACAAUUCACUCAUAGCCUUGAAAAUAGGUUUACUUACUAAACUGUGUCCCCUGCUUUUAUUGUAAUGCCAUUUGCCUAUGGUCCCCUUUAAAAUUAACCCCUCGGUAGAGGACAUUAUAAUUGAAAAUGAAUGGUCUGGAGUUGAUUUCCCCCAUAUUUGAAAUAAAGGUUACUAACACCACAAUGUCAGUCAACACACCCUCUCUUACUCUUUGAAACACUAGAUGUCUUACUAUAUGGAUGGUUAGAGAUCCCUCAUUAAGAGAGCAACUACCAGUGUACCAGUAAAAAAAAAAACUCUUACUAGUACUAAAUUAACUUUGUGUUUGAAUACUUAACAAUGUAAAUCAAGCAAAGUUCAUCCUAAAUACAGAUCUGCCUUUAUACUUAAGUUCAGUCAUGUGUCUUCUAAUAUUUUUGAAUGUGAACGGUGACAUUGCCUUGAAAAGUCCCAAUUGUGUUAGGUUGUCUUUCACUUACACGAAAUUUAAAACUACCAGACAGAUUGUUAUAUGUCAGGGAUAGUAUUAAACAAAGGGUCAGGGGUAUGUCAGUGUCAGGGAGGGGUCAGUCAGUUUCAGCCAUUUUAAGCUCAUUCAUUUCAUGUCAAUUUGCUUUUUUUUUCUUAUUUUUUUUUAAGUCUGUCUCUUGAAUGAUUGUAAAAAUGUAUAUAUUUGUUUUUUUUCUUACAGGACAUGCUAUAGAAAUAACAAACUUUUGUACGUCUUUUACAUGGAAAAGAACCAUCUAAUCAGGAGAAAUACUGAAUGGUCUUAAUGCUAGCUAAUCUAAAAUGAUUCAAAUAUCUAGAAAAUAAAUGUGUUUUUUGUAA